AUGGAGGUGACCUUGAUCCUUCUGCUGGGACUCGUGGCCUUCUUGAGCACCUCCACAGGUGGGUGGGUUCGAAUGGACUCAAGCUGUGAAUUGACCGCCAGCACGCGUUGCGCUGUUUUUUGCCGUGUCCAGAUUUUGUGCCCAAGAAGUAUACGUCUAGCUUACGUGUCUCUACUCUGCUGGCCGCGUUCCCUGGACACCCACAGGAAGCUGUAUAACAACAGCCUGAUCACCCUGCCGGAGUUUGCAUUCCAGGAUCUCACGGCCCUGGAAAACCUCGACCUGUCUUCCAACGCGCUUACCACAUUACCGGAGGGAGUAUUCCGAAAUCUCACGGAGCUUCAAGACCUGGACCUCUCUACCAAUAUCCUCACCACCCUUCCGGAGGGGACUUUCAAUAGCCUCACUGCUCUUCGAGAACUGGGGAUGCCAUACAACAACUUCACCACCCUGCCGGAGGGUAUUUUCCUGGGUCUGACGUCCCUGGAAAUACUGAAGCUGUACGAUAACCGCUUAACUAACCUACCGGAGGGUGUUUUCCAAGAUCUCACGGCGCUUCAAGAAGUGUACCUUGGUCAAAACUCCUUGACAACACUGCCGGAGGGAAUAUUCCGUAAUCUCGGGGCACUUGAAGAGCUGUCCCUGAAAAACAGUGGCCUCACCACCCUGCCGGAGACUAUACUCCGCAAUCUCACGGUCCUUGACGAACUCAAGCGGUUGUUCCUUGCUAACGUUCCUUUUUUCUCCUCGUCGCGCUCCCUCGGCAACCACAGGUGGUUGGUGAACAACACCCUCACCACUCUUCCGGAGACUAUCUUUCAGGAUCUCACGACCCUCCAAUACCUUGCCAUGAAAAACAACACCCUCACCACGCUGCCGGAGGUGCUGUUCCAGGAUCUCACGGGGCUGCUGUUGUUGGGGGAGCUUGACGAUGAUACAAUCUCAUACAACGACAUCGUCGGACUCCGCAUUGACCCUUACGGCGAAGAAUGCGGGUGUUCUAUUCUGGGCGUUACCGACAACGUAUGCGGCGAAGAAAUUUGCACUCCUGGGCCUCAAGGGUACACCUGUGAUACACCCGCACCGACAUUUGCGCCAGAACUUACUAUGGCACCCGUCGCGACCUCCGGAGGUUCGCCAGCACCGAAACUUACGCCAGAACCUACUCCGGCAAUAGUCGCGACCUUAGGACCGGUCACGCCUGCACCGGUCAUACCUGUACGGGGUACGCUUGCACCGCUCGGCACGCUUGCACCGUUUGGCACGCUUGCACCGGGGUCUGCGCUAGGAUCUACUCCGGCACCCAGCACGGCCUCAGAAGAAGCAGAUUCGUCGACGACCGGCAUAGUAGUCGGCGUUGUGGCCGGCGCGCUGGCGGUAGGAUUCGUAGCACUUGGGGUCUUCCUACGGCGGCGCCGACAAGCCGCGAAGGGGAAGGACGCCGACCCGUCGGCCCCUCAUCUCGACUUUGGGGAUAACCUGGAGCAUGGCCACGGUGAACGUCAGCUGGACAUCAGCCCUUCUGUACCGAUCGUUGUCGCCGGGGGCAACGGUGCCGGCGGCCCGCCGCCUCCUGCUCAGCAGAGCUCCACGCCGCCGCCCCAACCCCUGCCCCCCCCGUACGCGCCGCACCAGCGCGAUGCUCUGCCCCCGCCCCCCCCGUACACGCACGUUGCUGCGCACCUGCCCGAUGCUCUGCCACCCGCCGCCGCCGAUCGGCAGCACGCACCGGCCGCCGCUGAGACCAACACCAGCAACAAUAGCAAGCCCGUCGAAUCGUCGCUUGCAGCACCAACGGUGGGCGCCUUGAAGAAGUCCACCUCCGAGCAAGAGACCACACCCCCACGCGACAAGAACGGCGACGGUGGUGGCAGCAGCAGGACGGCGGAUACAAGCGGAGGUGGCGGAGGCGACGCGGCGGGGGAGGGCGGUAUCCACUGUACGGCGGAGCAGGUUUCGCUGCCGCGGGCGGCGACGAACUCCACCGCCGAGGUGUCCACGGAAGAACGGACCGCCGAGCUUUGCGGCCUCGGGUUUUCGGUCGACGAAGGGGCCGACGACGCUCCUCCUCCCGUGGCGGCUGCUGCUGCUGCUGCUGCUGCUGCUAGCGGCCGCCGAAAGACCUCCAGCGGCGUCGAGUAUGGCCAGGCGGUGCUGGCAGCAGCCGAGGAGCUUGCGCACCAUUGCCAGAUCCCAGGCGUCAGUGAAGCCGCGACGGUAGUGUCGAUUCUGGUACACUUGGUGACGGACAGCCGGGACUCCUUGAGCCGGGGCGACCUCGCGGUGAAAAGAUGCCGGUCGAUCGUGAUGAUGCUUGAGCGGGCGGCGAAGGUGCUUGGCAAGGGUGGCGACACGAACUCAGAAGUUGAGCGCGCUUUGCUUGAGGAAGUCCACGACGCAGUCUCCGAUCUCGUGGACCUAAUCAAGACGUAUCAAAACAAGAACAAGCUGUCCAAGGUUUUGAUGUCGACCCUGUUCAAGCGGCGCCAGGAGGAGCUAGACGCGGUUGUGGACAAGGCCAUCUUGCACCUGCACCUGGGGUUACAGGUGCAAGUGGGACAAGAUGUCGCGGAAGGGUUGGACCUACACAAGAGGUCUACGGCGGAGGCCAAGGCAGAAUCUCUAGCGGAAGCACGCAGGGCGAGGAGGCAGCGCAAGCUCGACCAGGUCGAGAUCCCCGAUGACCACGUGGUCAUCACGGAAGAAAUGCUGGGAAGGGGGGGCUUUGGGGAGGUGUACCUGGCCGACUACAACGGCCACAACGCCGCAGCGAAGGUCGGGAAAAAGAUCCAGCGCAAAGCGUUCCUGCGCGAGCUGGACGCCAUGAUUCGCCUCAGGCAUCCUCACACCGUCAACGUCUACGGGGCCAUCACCUCACUGCCGGACCGCCUGAUUCUGGUCCUGGAGCUGCUCCCGGGCGGUGACCUCCGAACCAUGCUGAAAAACUCUGAGCAGCCGCUUCCCGAGGAGCAGUCCCGGCAGAUAAUCAAAGACAUCUGCGCGGGGAUGGCCUUCUUGCACAGCAAGUCGACGGUGCACGGCGACCUGAAAUCCGCCAAUAUUCUUCUAGAUGCGCGUGGAAGGGCAAAGAUUGGGGACUUCGGCACGUCGCGAUGGACCCAGAACACCGAGAGAUCCACGGGUUUGGCCACCUAUACCACUAAUCCGGGACCAAGCACGCACAUAAGCUUCGCAUGGACUGCGCCAGAGGUGCUGGAGAAACAGACAACCUCUAAGGCGAGCGACGUGUACAGCUUCGGGAUAGUGGUGUGGGAGGUGUUGUCGAGACAGCUACCUUGGGCAGAUCAAGCUCAGCCUCGCGACAUUUACCUCCGUGUUGUCAUUCAUGGGGACCGUCCCGCGUUACCCGCGGAUGCUCCCGUAGAUAUCGCGGAUAUGCUACUCGGCUGCUGGGCCCAGGAGCCCACUGAACGCCCCACGUUUCAAGCGCUUUCAGGCGGAGAAAAAGUCAAACCGGUGGUGAUGAAAUAG